GCCUGUUGUGUUUGUUGUAACUGCAGCAGGUCAGGCUAAAAACUAAUGGUUCAGCUUCAUCCUUUGUUUGAAUCAUUCUGAAGUGGCUCUUUCUGACAGUCUCUCGAACUCAGUCAUCAGAUCACUCGACCAGGGAGAUGGCCUUGUACUGGUGACUGUGUUGCUGUGAACGAUUUCCCAAUGGGCUCGUGGAUCAGCUCCAAGAGGCCAGAUGCUGUGUGGAUUGCAGUGACGGGGCCCCCUGCAGGAGGAAAGACCUCACUGAUCCAAGCUUUGCGAGGUGAGGAGGACAUGCAGGAACUCUCAACAUCUCCACCCAAAUAUCAGUACAACCAUCCCAGAUACCCAAACGUAACCUUCUGGGAGUUCAAGUCAAACUACCUGAGUUGCUCCAAAUUGGACCCGUAUGACAUUCUCAUAAUUGUUUCCUCAGUGGAUCAGUUUGCCUCGGAGGAUGUGAAUGUUGCCAAGGAAGCUCAGACGAAGGACAAGCCAUGCUACUUUGUCCGCACCAACAUUGAUAAGGAUUCACAACGGUGCGCAUCCACGUUUAGCUCCAUAAAUGAUCUGAAUAGAUUUCUAGACAGUAUCACCUCAGCAUGUGUUGAAUAUCUGUCAGAGAGAGGUGCACAGCCCUCUUCAGUUUUCCUUGUGUCUAACACCACGCCUGAGAUCUACCAGUUCUCCCUGCUCCAGGACAGUCUCGAAAAGAAGAUCAAGGAGCUCAACAGAGCCCAGGGUUGUACUGAGAGGCCUGGACUGGACCUGGCUGUUUUUGGUGAUCGCUGGUCAGGGAAAUCGUCUUUGAUCAAUGCUGUACGAGGUCUUCAGACUGACGAUGAGGGAGCAGCGAAGGUUGGACAGCAAGAGCCAUGUACACAGCCUGUGGUAUACUCCUUCCCCAGAUAUUCCAAUGUCAGGAUCUGGGAACUUCCUCCCAUCAGGCCCAAUGUGCAGCCAGAACAGUAUCUGAAGGAGGUUAAUGGCAAAGAUUAUGAGAUCAUCAUUAUCAUCGCCUCCGAAAUCUUCAAGGAUCACCAUGGUCAACUUGCAAAGACCCUUCAGGACAUGGGCAAGAAGGUUUUAUUUGUCCGUAACAAGAUUGAAAGUGAUCUUGCGGCUUAUAAACGGCGUCAUAAAUCUGAUUAUAAAGAAAGCAAGUUCCUGAAGGAGAUCCGAGAGUUCUGUGUCACCUGCCUGUGCAAGGAAGGUGUUCUGAAACCCACCGUGUACAUAUUGAGUAAUCUUGAUAUCGAGAAGUUUCAGUUUCAGUUACUUUGGUCACAGAUUAAGAACCAUCCUGAGAUGAUCAAAGGUGACAUACUUGAUCGUGUAGACCACACAGUACGGGACAGUCUGAAGGAGGCAUUUGAAGUGGGUGGGCUACCUGACCUGAUCUCUCAGAUAUUGAGCUUCCUGUCGAACCUGGAUGAUAUUACAGUCAAUGUCGGUGUGAUCGGGGAGGCUGGUGCUGGGAAAUCCUCGCUGGUUAAUGCUCUGUGCGGUGUUUCUGAUAACCAGCCUGGAGCUGCUGCUACUGGAGCGACAGAAACCACAUUGGCCCCAACCUCUUACCCACACCACACGCUCCAUCACGUUCUCCUGUGGGACCUCCCUGGAUUAGGAACCCCUAAUUUCCAACUGGAGAGCUACAGGGAGAAGGUGGGCUUCCACAGGUAUGACUUCUUCAUCAUUGUGGCUUCAGAACGUUUCAAGGAAAGUCAUGCCAUCCUUGCCAAGUGGAUCCAGGAGAGUGGUGCGCAUUUCUACUUUGUUCGCAGUAAGAUUGACAAUGACAUCACACCAUGUUGGAGAAAGCAAGCAGCAUUGACAGACCAACACGAGGUAAAAAACGAGAUUACCGAGGAAGCAGUGAACUAUCUGACAGAACAAGGAGUGCUCUCUCCUCAGGUCUUCCUCAUAUCUUGCCGUUUCUUUGAAGAUUAUGAUUCAAAGCAGCUGCAAGAGACGUUAAAAAAGGAACUGCCCAAGUUCAGGAAGCAAGCAUUCCUGAAAAGCAUCCACCCACUGUGUUCCAGAUUAAUUGCGAAGAGGAAGGAUUCACUGAGUGCAGAGGUUUGGAUGUUAGCUUUGAUUUCGUCUUGCGCUGCAGCUGUUCCUGUCCCAGGGGUAGCACUUGCCUGUGAUGCGACUUUAUUGAAUAAGAAACUGCCCUUUUAUUACAAGUGCUUUGGACUAGAUGAGGAAUCCCUCAAGAGAAUGUCAGCUGCCAUUCAGAAGCCACUGAAGGAUUUGAGGGCCCAAAUGCGGUCACCCCAAGUGGCACACAUAAACAUUUCCCUCCUGUACAAGUCCCUGUCCAGUGGUCCCGGAAUGGGAUUGAUGGCUGGAGAGUAUCUGAUCCGAGGGUUUCCCGUUUUUGGCCCCGUUGCUUCGGGAGGAAUUGCAUUCACAGUCGCAAAGUGGUUACUGACUGGUCUCAUCCAGGGACUUGCUGCCGAUGCUGAGCGGGUCCUGCAAUGGGUGAUCCAGUCACAGGUUGGGUAAUGGGACACAGAUGGAGGAGAGGGUCUGAGCACAUGGAGACAGUCCAAUGUGACAGCCCUCAGUCUCUUAUAUCACAACCUCCCAGAUCACUGCUUUCUCUCUGGGUUAUACUCCACUCUCGGGCAAUUCCUUUGAUUCGUCAAUGGGAUGUAGGCAUACUGAUUAGACCAGCAUUUUAUGGUCUAUCCCUAGUUGCCCUGGAGAAGGUAGUGGUGAACUGCCUCUUUGAAACCGCUCACCAUCCUGACUUGGAAAUAUAUCACCGUUCCUUCACUGUC